UUAGCGGCUCCCGCACGUGCCGGCGGCUGCCUACGGGCUACGGCUACGGCUACGGGCGACGGGCCCUGCACCGCAUCCCAGGCAUCUCCAAUUCCGACCCCAUCGAACGGACCCUGCUACGUAUUACCCUACACCAGCCACAUCCAUCCAGCAACACCCCGCAAUUACCCCGUUCUACUGCAAAUCCUAUAGCAAUACCGUCCACACACAGCUCGAAGCGUACCGAAUCUCCUCCACCUCCUCCGCAAACACUUGCGCAAGCAAACAACACCCGCCCAUCUCACCCCCGCACGACACCUCGGACCCCAUAGCCGCUACCCCUACACCUCCAUCUCUACCUCCACUUCUUACCUACGUUCACACCAAAGAAAAUGGGCAACAUCUGCUCGAAAUCCUCCAACUCGCCCGACGCCUUCGCCCAACCAGGUCGCGUCCUCGGCGCCGCCAAUACCGAUCCAGCCUCAACCGCAACCCCCUCCGGCCCCCGCGCACCGCUCCCCAAAUCCACCUCUCACACAAACUGGGGAUCCGGGAAGGGAGGGAGGACAGUCGGGGCUGGAACCGGCGGUACGACAUCUUCAUCAACACCGGGCACCGCGGACGCGAGGGCCAAUGCUGCGUUGGCGGCGCAGAGACGCGCCGAGUCGGCGAAUCAGUCGGCCAACAAGGGGAAACUGGGGUCGAAGUUGGCGGCCCAGAAGACGCAGACCCAGGCGCAGACCUUAAAUGAGGCGAGUCGGGCGGAGGUGGCGGCUCGGGAUGCGGACGGGGCGGCUGAGGCGAGGCGGUGGCAGUGAGAUUUGAGUACGUAGUAAGGGUUGGGGGUGUGUACAUACUGGGUGUCGGUGGAUGGUGAGGUUGUGGGUUG